AUGGCAUCAAAGACAGGAUCGAUUGUCGAUGGUGGGAAGUACGAUGUGAAGGAAUUACUCGAACGUUGCAACAAGUUGGAGCAAGCAUUCAGUGCUCAAGGACUUAAGUGCAACCCUCCUACAUUAUUCAGUGAAGAACAUGGAAAGUUGAGAGCUUUUCUUAGUCAAAUGGAUAUCUAUCUCGCUUUUACCAAUCAAUUACAACAAACAUUUGGGAACAUCGAUGAGAAACAUUCCGCAGCUCAGAAACUGUAUCAACUCAAACAGACUGAAUCAAUUACAAAAUAUGCAUCUGAAUACCAACAGUUGAGUUCACAUCUGGACUGA